AUGGAACAAAGGAACAACGUGACUGAGUUCGUGCUCUUGGGCCUCACUCAGAGCCUCCAGGGUCAGAAAGUAUUAUUUGCAGUGUUCUUGCUGAUCUACGUGGUGACAAUGGCAGGCAACCUACUCAUUAUGGUGACUGUGGUGCUUAGCCCAGCCUUGGAUUCUCCAAUGUACUUCUUUCUUGGCUACUUAUCCUUUAUGGAUGUUGCUUAUUCUAAUGCAGCUACCCCAAAUUUGAUGGUAGACCUACUCCAUGUCAAGAAAACCAUUUCCUUCCAAGCGUGUAUGACUCAGCUUUUUUCAGAACAUUUUUUUGGUGGUGCUGAGAUAAUACUCUUGGUUGUCAUGGCCUAUGACCGGUAUGUGGCCAUCUGCAAACCCCUGCAUUAUCUGAUCAUCAUGAACCACCGAGUGUGUGUUCUACUGUUGGUGUUGGCCUGGGUUGGGGGUUUUGUGCAUGCCAUACUGCACAUUCUGUUUGUUUAUAACCUUCCCUUCUGUGGCUCCAAUGUCAUCGACCACUUCAUCUGUGACAUGUACCCCUUAUUAAAACUCGUAUGUGCUGACACAUACAUUACUGGCCUCACAGUGGUGGCCAAUGAUGGGGUGAUCUGUACAGUCAUCUUUGCUCUCUUAUUAAUCUCCUAUGGGGUCAUUCUGCACUCACUGAAGAACCUGAGUCAGGAAGGCAGGGGCAAGGCCUUGUCCACCUGUGGCUCCCACAUCACUGUGGUGAUCCUCUUCUUUGUUCCUUGCGUUGUUCUCUUUGUGAGACCUCCAUUUACCUUGCCCACUGAUAAGUACUUAGCUGUGUUUUACACUGUAAUCACUCCAAUGUUGAACCCCCUCAUCUAUACUCUGAGAAAUGCAGAGAUGAAAAGUGCCAUGAAGAAGCUCUGGACUAGAAAAGUGUCAUUUUCAAUGAAAUACAUCCAUUAUCCCAUAGCCUUACAACCCUAUAAAUCCAAGCAAAUAAAGGGAAUCAAAAACAAAGAAUUUCUUAAAACAUGUUUCUACAUAUUAUACAUAGCUAACAUUUUGUUUCAAGCCAGAAUCACAGAGAAAAUGUCAUACAGAUUUCAUGAAUGAGGUCACUGUCAACUGAAACAUAUGUUCUGGCCCUUUAAUUACUUAAUAAUCUGCAUUCCACUAAUAUUGGUGAUAGAGCAGUACUAUGGAAUAAGACAAUCCCUUGCUUUGCCUCCAUGUUUUUUUCACCAUAGAAUGUUUUGUUCCAGAAAUGUUAACAGUUUGUGUUGCACUCUUGCCCAGUGUAUCAAAAUGUUUUGUGACAGUUUGAACUGUGUGACCUUUCAGGAAUAUUGUGUAACUCCGCCCCUUUGCUUCAGUGAGCAUGGUCAUACAGCAUGUGUUUCAGGAACAUUCUGUAACCGUGCCCCUUGCUUCAGUGAGCAUACUCACCUACCAUGUAGAUCCCUAUGUAAGGAGGCUCUCAUUUCCGGUAGAGCACUCAGACUUUGAGUACAAACUCCUCUGAGCCCGUCAGCAAAAUGAAGGUUUUUUCUACCUCUUGGAGUGACCAUUGGAUUCUCGAGUUUUCAAAUUGUGAGAGCUGUGACCCAAAGCUGCCACACAGAGCUGUAAAGCUCAGCUGUGCCUCAGAACGUUGGCACUUGGCUGCAACACUGAGCUGUACCACUUGGCUAUAGCACUGAGCUGCUCCAAUUUGCUGCAAUGUUUGAGCUCGAAUUUUCCAACUAUAAAAUCAUGGCAAGGAGGUGGAACCAUUCAUUACCAUGAUGUGAUCAGUACAUGCUGUGUACUCAUACGAAAUUAUCACACUAUACAACAGAAAUAUAUGUUUAUGUUUUAAUCAUAUUUUUAAAGUUUAAGGAGAUGAAAAUGCAAACUACCCCAAGUUGAGCAUUACACAUCAUUUGCUGCUAACAAUUAUCACCAUGUUUUAUGUAUAAUUAAAAUAAUAAUUAAAUC